UUGGCCCAAGCUGGGGGCGCUGUCCUCCUCCUCCUCCUGCAGGGCUCCGCCAUCGGCCGGGGGUCCCUCAGGAGGCCCAAAACAGCAGAAGUAUCAGCACCAGGAGGGAAGGCAGCGGAAAAUAAGGCAAAAGUAAUGAGCCUCCGGUGGUGAAGUGGGUUAAACCUCUGAGCUGCUGAACUUGCUGAUCAAAAGGUUGCAGGUUCGAAUCCGGGGAUCAGCGUGACCUCCUGCUGUUAGCCCCAGCUUCUGCCAACCUAGCAGUUCGAAAACAUGCAAAUGCGCUGCUGAAACUCAAUGGAGGACUCCAACUCUGUGGGCUACUGCAUCGUGGCCAGUAGUUUUGUGGCCUUCCAAUUCUUCUUCUCAGCUCUCAGCCCCCAGUUGUCCCUGUCGCUGAGCCCCCGCUAUGCCACUCUUCCCUCUGUCAAGCAGAAUGAAUGGAAUUCCAGGUGCGUGUCCACCCUCCAUGCCUUAAUAGUUGGACUCUUCUGCCUCUACAUCCUUUGGUUUGAUGAUGCUGUAAAUGCCAACCCCAUCUGGGGAGACCCUUGGCUAGUCAAACUGAACGUAGCUAUCACCUGUGGCUAUCUGCUCUAUGAUCUGUUGCUGCUAGUGCGCUACUGGAGAACAUUGGGAGAUUCACUUUUCGUUUGCCACCACUUGGCAGCGCUAUACGCUUAUGGAUAUGUAUUGAGCCGUGGGGUGCUGCCCUUUUUUGCCAACUUCCGUCUCAUCUCGGAGCUCUCCACACCCUUCGUGAAUCUACGAUGGUUCCUAGACACAGCUGGCUGGCCCCGCUCUUCCUGGAUUGUCUUGACCAAUGGCCUAGCCAUGAUGGUAGUGUUCUUUGUGGUGCGUAUUGCCGUCAUUCCCUCCUAUUAUGCCCAAGUGUACUUCUGGUAUGGAACGCCAGAAUAUGAACGCCUAGGCUUGUGGGUACAGCUGGCCUGGAUUGUGCCCAGUGUUGCCUUGGAAGUGCUCAAUGUGGUUUGGAUGUAUCGUAUCAUCCGUGGCUUCUACCGGGCCUUCUGUCGGUCCAAGACACACAAAGCAACAUGAAGCACCAAAUGAAGCUGUGUAUGGCCAGGAACAUAGAGACCUGCUGAAAAAGCUUGGACACCUUCAUCUAAUUCCCUUAGAAGCCAGUAGCCAUAGGAACCGCUCUUGACCAUUCCUUUGGGCCAGACAGCUUCAGAGCCACACAACAGAAGUCUUUGGCUUUCGACUCCAUCCUAGAGUGGUCUUUGUCAUUCUGACCAAAGUCAGCAGCGGAUUACCACAGAAUAACUAUCAACCCAAGUUCUGGUGAUAACCUCUCUGUGGCACAUGACAAAGUUGGAGAUGCAUAUUAUAGUUUCAAAGCAA